CGUGCCCCGGCUCGUUUUCCACGGCUUUUUUACGGGCCGCGCCAUCACCAUGCAUGGCUUGCCUGCCGCUGCCGCCCGCGCUAGUGGACCUCCAGCACAAUCCCCGGUUCUCCGACGCCUGCCACCUUUGUUGGUAAAAAACAGUGAGGACGUCGCUGCCGCUUCCGUCAUGACUGUUCACCAGACUAUGACCGUUCACAGACUACCCUACCCCUCCCCCUCCCUCGGCCGGUCCCGUUCCCGCGCCGCCCGCCGGCCGCCCAGUCCCUAGCAUAGCAGGCCAAACCUGCCUCCGCGCAGUUGCUGCCGCGUCAAUGCUGCCGUGCCGCUGGAGAGAGAGAGAGAGAGGUUCUUCUAAUGCCCUUCUGUUCUGUCCCGCCCCCGCGCCGCAUUUUUUUUUCAUUUUUUUUUACCUUGCGUGACGCUUCGUUUUCACAGUGCGGCGGCGGCGGCUGCUUGGCUCGUUGCUCCUCCCAUUCUGCUCAGCUCAGCUUCUGAUGAGUUCGCCUUUGCCGCUGCUAGUUACCAGCAUACUAGACCACUGACUGAUCACGUUAUAAGGCUUCCGCGCAGGCGAGCUUCUGCCGCCUUGUCGGGUAACCAAACGGACCUCGCCGGCCCUCUCCAGUGGUCACAUCACAUCACAUCACAUGCUCGAGGUCGUCCUGGACAUGACGCCGCCGCCGCCGCCGCCGCAGGCGCGGCUCCACCAGGGGUCAUCAGCCAAGGGCGGGCACGCGGAGCGGAGGAAGCAACCGCUGCAGAGCAGCGUGACACAGCCCAAGGCAGAGCCCGCGGCGGCGGCGGCCGUGCUGCCGGUGCCGGAGGGAGGCAAGAGGUGCAGAGGGGGCGGGAGGCGCCGCGGCAGGGCCAAGGCGCCCGGUGAGCCUCGCGCCGCGCUACUAGCGCCAGCGCAGGCGCAGACGCAGGCGCCUCCGCCGCGCACGGUCAUUGGGCCGCCCGUGCCGAGCAAGGGGCUGUCAUUCUGCCGCCGGCCAGGGUUCGGGACGGUGGGCGCGCGCUGCGUCGUCAAGGCCAACCACUUCCUCGCCGAGCUCCCGGACAAGGACCUCACCCAGUACGAUGUGAAGAUCACGCCGGAGGUGAGCUCGCGGACCGUGAACCGGGCCAUAAUGGCGGAGCUGGUCCGCCUCUACCGCGCGUCCGACCUGGGGAUGCGACUCCCGGCCUACGACGGCCGCAAGAACCUCUACACCGCCGGGACACUACCGUUCGACGCUCGCGAGUUCGUCGUGCGCCUCGCCGAUGAGGACGACGGCUCCGGCGUCCCGCCUCGGGAGAGGGAGUACAGGGUCGCCAUCAAGUUCGCCGCGCGCGCCGACCUCCACCACCUCAGGCAGUUCAUCGCCGGGCGGCAGGCGGACGCGCCGCAGGAGGCCCUACAGGUACUCGACAUCGUGCUCCGCGAGCUCGCCAACCAGAGGUACGUGUCCAUAGGGCGGUCCUUCUACUCGCCGGACAUCAGGAAGCCGCAGCGGCUCGGCGACGGCCUGCAGUCGUGGCGUGGGUUCUACCAGAGCAUCCGGCCGACCCAGAUGGGAUUGUCGCUUAACAUCGACAUGUCGUCCACGGCAUUUAUUGAACCCCUGCCGGUGAUCGAGUUCGUGGCCCAGAUAUUAGGAAAGGAUGUCAUAUCAAGGCCAUUGUCCGAUGCUAACCGAAUCAAGAUCAAGAAGGCAUUGCGGGGUGUAAAAGUUGAGGUCACUCACCGGGGGAAUGUACGGCGCAAGUAUCGCAUUUCAGGCCUCACAACACAGCCAACUCAUGAAUUGAUUUUCCCGAUUGAUGAACAAAUGAAUAUGAAAUCUGUCGUGGAAUACUUCAAGGAAAUGUAUGGUUUCACCAUUCAGCAUCCUCAUCUUCCCUGCCUUCAGGUUGGAAACCAAAAGAAGGCAAACUAUCUACCCAUGGAGGCCUGCAAGAUCAUUGAAGGCCAGAGAUACACAAAGAGGCUGAAUGAAAAACAGAUCACAUCGCUGCUAAAGGUUACAUGCCAAAGGCCUAGAGAGCAAGAGAUGGAUAUUCUACAGACAGUUCAUCAAAAUGAUUAUGAGCAAGAUCCAUAUGCGAAGGAAUUUGGGAUCAACAUUAGUGAGAAGCUAACCUCUGUUGAAGCCCGAGUCCUUCCUGCACCUUGGUUGAAGUAUCAUGACACUGGAAAAGAGAAAGAGUGCUUACCACAGGUUGGUCAGUGGAACAUGGUAAACAAGAAAGUGAUAAAUGGAUGCAAGGUGAGCCAUUGGGCAUGUAUAAACUUCUCAAGGAGUGUUCCAGAAACCACAGCUCGGGGAUUUUGCCAGGAAUUGGCACAAAUGUGUCAAAUUUCGGGCAUGGAAUUUAACAGUGAGCCUGUGAUGCCAAUAUAUUCAGCUAGACCAGAUCAAGUUGUGAAGGCACUUAAAAACGUGUAUAAUAUUGCAUUGAACAAACUUAAGGGUAAAGAUCUUGAACUUCUUUUGGCUAUCCUCCCUGACAACAAUGGGCAGUUAUAUGGUGACAUCAAACGUAUUUGUGAAACUGAUUUGGGGUUGAUAUCACAAUGUUGCUUAACCAAGCAUGUUUUUAAGAUCAGCAAGCAGUACUUGGCAAAUGUCUCACUGAAAAUUAAUGUUAAGAUGGGAGGAAGAAACACUGUGCUCCUGGACGCAAUAAGUUGGAGGAUUCCGUUGGUCAGUGACAUCCCAACUAUUAUAUUUGGUGCAGAUGUAACACAUCCUGAAACCGGGGAGGACUCAAGUCCAUCGAUUGCUGCCGUUGUUGCUUCUCAAGAUUGGCCAGAAGUUACAAAGUAUGCUGGAUUGGUUUGUGCUCAGGCACACCGGCAAGAGCUCAUUCAAGACCUUUACAAAACAUGGCACGAUCCUCAGAGAGGCACUGUAACAGGCGGCAUGAUCAGGGAGCUCUUAAUAUCCUUCAGGAAGGCCACUGGACAGAAGCCAUUGAGAAUAAUAUUCUACAGGGACGGUGUUAGUGAAGGUCAGUUCUAUCAAGUUCUCCUUUACGAGUUAGAUGCCAUCCGGAAGGCAUGUGCAUCCCUAGAACCAAAUUACCAGCCUCCUGUAACAUUUGUGGUGGUUCAAAAACGUCAUCAUACAAGACUAUUUGCAAAUAAUCACAAAGACAGAAGUAGCAUGGACAAGAGUGGAAAUAUUUUGCCAGGAACCGUUGUUGAUUCUAAGAUAUGCCACCCAACGGAGUUUGAUUUCUACCUCUGUAGUCAUGCUGGAAUCCAGGGAACGAGUAGGCCUGCUCACUACCAUGUCCUCUGGGAUGAGAACAAUUUCACAGCAGACGAAAUGCAGACAUUGACAAACAACCUUUGCUACACAUUGAUGUAUACUGAUGCAGUUAUGCCCGGUGCACACGCUCGGUUUCUGUUGUCCCUCCUGCAUACUACGCACACUUGGCAGCAUUCCGGGCUCGGUUCUACAUGGAACCAGAGAUGUUGGACAACCAGACGUCCAAGACCUCCAAUGGCACGAGCGGAGUCUCGGUGAAGCCCCUGCCUGCUGUGAAGGAGAAGGUGAAAAGGAUGAUGUUCUACUGCUGACAAGGAGACCACUUAACCACUCACAUGCUGUAGCUAACUUGCUAGAGUUUAGUAAGGAUUAGAUAGCUUUCUCAAGGAGUGAUGGAUCAAUCUGAUCUGUUAACGACCUCUGUAAAGUACUCGGAAAUGGCUGUAUAAUAGUUGUUGUUUCAAAUGUGAAAGCAUCUAGGUCCUUAGUUAGAUUUCAGUGAUCAGUGAUCAAUGACGAUACUAGAUUAUUGUGACUAAUGUAUGCUAGAUUAUUAUGAUUAAUGUAUGUUUUGCAGAAACAAUGGAUUUUGUGCCGCCAUUAAUAGUAUUCAAUUUUGGUUUU